CUCCACAUUCAAUAGAAAUAGACAAACCAUCCGAAAGUCAUAAAGCCGGUCGAAAAAUCCAAUUCUAUAUAAUCAACAACACUGUAUCUGCCUGAUUUAAUCAGAAUUCCACGUAGAAUCCCUCCGAUUCCACACAAUUUCCCCAAUUCAUUUCCACGGCUGACGAGUGGUGGGUGAGAAACUGUUAUGUAUACUCUAUAUCUUCUUUAUUUAUUCUAGGUAGUUCACAUCAACAUUAUUGUUAUCAAAAACAUUAAAACUAAAGUCAAAUAACUACAAAAAAAUGAGGGAAAAAGUGCAUGAAAAGUUGUAGGAAGAAGAAAAAAGUGGUGGGAAAAUGGUGGAGGAAGUGCCUGGAUCAUUGGGUACCAGCGCAAGCUUAGCUCUUCGAUUGGGUCAGACUCUGUUUUCCUCUGCUGCCCUCUUUUUCAUGUGCCUUGAUGUUAAUUUUUAUGGCUACACUGCUUUCUGCUUCUUAGUAACGGUCAUGGGGUUGGUGAUUCCGUGGAGUAUGACACUCGGGCUAGUUGAUGCCUAUUCUGUCUUCGUUAAAAGCCCUUCACGUCAACCUGGAGUGAUGACCGUAAUUGUUGUAGGAGAUUGGGUAUUGUCAUUCCUUUCACUAGGUGCAGCAAGCUCAACUGCAAGCGUCGCACAUAUUUUGAUGGUUGCAAGUGUUCCACCAUGUCCUCUGAAGAUCUGUAGCAGAUAUUCUCUUUCUGCUGCCAUGGCUUUUUUGUCUUGGUUUAUGUCUUUUGCCUCCUCUCUCUUCAACUUAUGGAUCCUUCCUAAGUUAUAGCUGUUUGUACAUAUUGCCUAUAAUAGUUAAGCAGAACUAUACCAAUAGUGGAAAAUGCCAAGAAAAAAAAGAUGAAAGAACAUGGACUGCCAAAAAAAAUAAGGUGGUAUUCCGUAUAAGCUUAUUCUUACUUCUUAGUAUGAUUAUAUGACUUGUAUGUAACUGUACAGCAAUCAAAUUAAGAUUACAAUUUAUUCUUAUAA